UCAGUUGCUUCUCGCUUGCCCACGUGUGCGUACGCUUGCUGUGAGGCGGCUUUCCGACCAGCGGCUGGAAGAUCUCCGUGCCCUCUACCCGGUCGUGCUGUGUUAGUGGAGAGUGCGUGCUUUAGUGCGGCGAGUGAUUUUUCGUUCCCCAAGAAAUAAGUUUCCCAAUUGGCUAGUAGACCAACGCGUGCGCUCGACUUUGAUCGAAACCGAUCGCCGAGCGAAAUAACGGAUCCCUACGAAGUGCAGUGGCUGGCUGUGUGUGUGAUUGUUGAUGAAUCGCGCGAACACAGAAGUAUUUAUUUAAUUUAAAAUUCAACUUUAACCCGCGCGAGUGAAACGGCGCCAGGCAGAAGUGGAAGCGGACGCCUACGUUUGUUGUCGCAGAUCAGCUGGAACCGAGUGGCCGUGUAGCAAAGUCCGUGAAAAAGGCGCAUCAUGUCCUCCAACAUGGCGGAACGGAAGCGAUCCAGUCAACCGCGGAUCAUCAAGACGUACGAGUUUCCGACGAUGCCGGAAAAGCAAAGCCUCGGCCAGUUUCUCUACGACAGCAGCAGUGGCCGUGUGAUGGGCCGGACGGCCAAAAGUUGGGGUCAACUUAUGCUGUUUUAUACCAUUUUCUACAUCGUACUCGCGGCGCUGUAUGCCAUCUGCAUGCAAGGACUGCUCGUCACACUGAAUCACCAGUAUCCGCGGUGGCAACUGGACGAGUCUCGCAUCGGCACCAAUCCCGGUGUUACCUUCCGGCCUCGUGCGGGUGGCAUGGAGGGUGCGCUAGAGAUUCAGUACGUGGCGGCAAACAAAACCGAUGUUUCCGGCUGGGUCGAUCUGAUCAACGAAUUCCUAGAACCGUACACGGACCGGACGAAGCUGCCACCCGGCACCAACCAGGUCAUCUGUGACUUUGUGACCAACCCGCCCCGGAAAGGAGUGUGCGCGUUUGAUGUGAGCAAGCUAGGACCUUGCACGGCGGACGCCGGUUUUGGAUACAAUCGUUCCGCUCCGUGCUUCUUCAUCAAGCUAAACAAGAUUUACAACUGGGAGCCAGAGUACUACGAUAACGUCGAGGAUCUCCCGGCUGAUAUGCCCGACGAUCUCGUGGGGUACAUAAAAUCGCUGAAGGAGGUCGAACGCAAGCAAAUCUGGAUAUCGUGUUUGGAGGACACCAAGAGCGAAGAAAAAUUGCUCGGUCCGAUCGAGUACUUCCCGAGCCGAGGACUACCUGGCUACUACUACCCGUACCUGAACCUCGAAGGAUACCUCAGUCCGCUCGUGGCAGUUCAACUUGCCAGACCGCAACCCAAAUCGACAAUCAACAUCGAGUGUCGCGCCUGGGCAAAGAACAUUAUCUACAACGGUGGAACCCGCAACCGCCUAGGAUCAGUGGUAGUGACCAUGCGCAUCGAUUAGAUGCGGUCCAAGCUGUUUUGUGUGGCGGAGUGGCGAGCAAACGUGAUCGGGCUCCGCCGGUGCAGCAACGCACAUCGGGAACCAUCGCUUCGAGAGGACAGCCGAGCCGAUAGUUCCAUGACCUGCCACGACGAUGUUACUUAAAACGCGAAGGAGUGUUACGAAGAGGUGCUUAGGAAAAUAAUGUAAAAUAAAGUAUUUACGUUGAGUUUUCCUGAUGUUCGUCCGUUUUUGCCGCCGCGUUUGCGAUACGUUUUUACAAAGUCCGAGACCGUUGAGCGUAGAAAUAUUGAAAUAUUGCAUCGAAACAGUGGACGGUGAAAUGAUUCACCUGCGUGAAAUAUUUCAACCGAAGGGACGUUUUGAAAAAUAACCGUUUUACGUCCACGUGCUUCCAGCGUUAGGAGCAGUUAUUUUACAAUUUUAACAUAGCAAGCGCAUUCCAAGAGAUCAAUGAUUGGAGUUCUUUGGAGUGAUAACGUUAUUGAAAGAAUCGAUGGAGAGGUUAGGAUAAUUUGAAAUCGUUACAGCUGUUAGUAGUGUGUAGAUUAGGAGGACUUAGGUAAGCUUGAAGGUACAAUAAAAUUCAUUGAUUGCUCGAAGUUCGGUGCCCUUUUGGGGUUUCGGUUUCAACAUUCGAUUGAGUAGCACAAAAAAUAACGUAUGAAGACCGCUCUCGCUGUGUAAUGUGUGGUUGAGUUUUAUUAGAUUUUUUUGUUUGUUACUUUUCUUUGAGAUUCUGACAGGCGAAAUCUAACGUACGAAGAU